GGUUUUUGAUCGUUGACAGCGGUAGAGCGGUUUGUAUUAGUGUGCGACGGAAGGAAAUUCGGUUUCGGUUAAGAUUUAUGGGUAGAUUUUAAAUUAGAAAAAGCCAAAAGAAAAUCACUAAAUUGUUAAGUUUUUGUAGAGAAAAAGUGAAGUUCGUCGUGUGUUUGUUUAAAGAAUGCUAAAAGUUCAUCUCUUUUUGUUUGUAACUUGGGGAAAACAGGCGGUGCGAUGAAUCAGUAGACAAACAUAUUUAAAGCGAUACACAAACGCGUCACACAUGCAUACUUAUAUACAUGAACCCACACUAACUGGCUAGGCCAAACAAAGCAGUGGAUGGAAGUACAAAAACCAGAGUAGCAAAAACCAGGGAACAUCGAGUUUUAAUGACAUCGUCGUCUUAGAACUUCUGAAAACAAAAACACAAUCAAAGUUCAAGUUUUGAAUAGGAAACGAGACGAAAAUUUCCAGUAUGUACAUACAUAUGCCUAUGUAUAUAGCAAAUUUCCUGCCAACAGGAACAAAAUAGCAAAAUUGUCGGGACAACAGCAGAACACACUUUUUUUACUAAGGGGAACGGCCGGAAUUGUGAAACAUGUUUAAUGUGUUGAGGGUGUGGGUGAAGGAAGAGAUUGGUUGCGGCGAAGAGAACAACGAAAUAUCGCCCUUUUAAGUCGACAGAUACUUGUGCGUAUUAGUAGUACUUUCCUUCGUUGCUUGUGGUAUUUUAUGGAGCUAAAAUUGAGGCAAAAGAAGAUUAAUCUAUUAACGCUGGUGCAUCUAGCGCUGUCCCGUUCUCUGUAUUAGUUGCGGGCUUGAAAAAUAAGCAUAUUUUCAAAAAUUUGAAGAGGGCAUGAUAGAGUGGUUUUUUCUUAUCCCAACAACCAGAGCUUUUUGAAGGAUUUAGUGUGGUCUUGUAUAUCUCAGUUAAAUUUUUUUCGUUUUCCUGUGUUGCAAUAGUGCUAAGCAGCAGCAAAGGCACAAGUAAGGAUGACGGUGGGUGCGCAUGGCCAACGUGAGAAGGACCUAUAAGUAAAUAGCGGAAAAAAUAAAAGAACGAAGUGAAUCUAUAAAAUCAACGAAAACUACAAUUUUUAUAAACACAUAUAAAGUACAGUGAAAAACAAAUAGAAAACGGAAACAAAUAAAAUCAUUGGGUAUUACAGAAGUGCUAAUGUGAAAUUUACCAAAAAAUUCCACUUAAAAAUAAAUACAAAUAAGUUUAAACAUUGUGUCGGGAAACGAAAUCAGUUAUUUGCUGCAGUAGGAGUCGAUUCUGCCCUUCUACGCAAAUGAACGCAUUAAAAUCGGAAGCAUUGGAGACUUCAAAACAAAUUUAAAACCAUUUUAUAACAAUUUACAAGAGCAAUUGUAUGCGUACACAUAGAAAAAAUGUAGUGUGGUAGUUAGAUAAGGAUAUCAAGGAAUAAAAAAUGAUGUGAUCUCAUAAAUAUAAUAGUUGAAACUACAUCUACUAAGCGCGUAACGGAUUCUUACUUCGUCGUAAUAAAUACACACAUAGAUACAUACAUACAUAUAUAAAUAUAACGUAGUAUAAUCAGCUUAGCGUUUUAACUUAAAUCAACUGAAGACGGAAAGACUUGCAUUCGAAACACCAGUAGUUUCAGAACCAACGCCUCUAACUGCAUUUAAAUAUUUAUAUUUACAUAUAUAUAUAUAAUAUAAAUAUAUAUAAUCACGGGAGUUUUGCACACGAAAGUGCAUUUUGAAGACAACAACUAACAAUAUAAAAUAUAUCUAAAUAUACAUUGACUCGAAUGUACUAGGCGAAGAGUAGUGAACUCGAUUUUAUUAGAAGACAUCUGUAGCAAAUAAGGGAAGCGCAGCGCUCCAGCAAGGUCUCUUACUUCUAACCAAGGAAUAAAAGAUACACAAAAUGGCUGAACAAAGUAUUAUUGGCGCCCGUGCCUCCGUCAUGGUUUACGACGAUAUCCAGAAGCGUUGGUUACCAUCAGGCACGUCGGCAGGCCUCAGCAAGGUGCAGAUCUAUCAUCAUCAGCAGAACAACACAUUUCGCAUUGUUGGCCGUAAGCUGCAGGAUCACGAGGUCGUCAUCAACUGUUCCAUAUUGAAGGGUCUCAAAUAUAAUCAAGCCACGCCCACAUUCCAUCAAUGGCGCGAUUCGAAAUUCGUAUAUGGUUUGAAUUUCUCUUCGCAAAAUGAUGCUGAAACUUUCGCACGCGCUAUGGUGCAUGCGUUGGAUGUGCUGAGCGGUCGCGUUGGCAAUAAUCCGGCUAUGAUUGCUAUGGGAAUGGGUGGUCCACCCACAAAUGGAAAUGGUUAUGAGGAGGAUAUGGGUUAUCGUACGAUGACCAGUGAAGAUGCGGCAAUUUUGCGACAGCAACAACAAAUCACUGGGCAAAUUACACCAUCCGCACAAACGCCAACCUCACAGACCAAUCAAAACAAUAUACCACAGAGCCCACCGACACCGCAGGGGCAUCAUCGCACUAGCAGAAAUUCCCUUAGCGCACCAGCGGCUCCGCAACCGCAGCAGAUGACAAUACCACAACAACAGCCACAACCGCCGUAUGGGCAGCCGGUUCAGCAGAAUGGGCUGCAACAGCAGUCGCAGAUACCGCCCGCUCCGGGCCAGCCACAAUACCAUGCACCGCAACAGAUGCAUCAAGCUCCACAGGCUUCGCACGCCGUCUAUUCCGCACAACAGCUGGUCAACGCCGGCUAUCCGCAGCAAGCACAGUACCAGCCCAGCCAUUUUAUGUUAUCUAAUUCUAAUCCGAAUCUUAAUCUGCAUCAAUAUUCACAACAGCAACAGCCGCCGCCACAGUGCAUACCAGGCGCUCCUCAGCCGCCAAUGCCGCCACCACAUCAGAAUGGUAUCGGUGGUGGCGGUGGUGGUGGCGGCGGCGCCGCUGGCGGCCCAAUAUAUGUUUCUUCAUCACAAUCGCAGCCAGCGCUGCCCACUUCAAUUAGCUCGAAUAGUGCCGUAUAUGGUGGCCAACCGAUUCAAAUGCAACAACAACAACAACAACAACAACAGCAACAGCAAGCACCUCCUAUGCAGAACGGUGGUGUCGGAGCUGCCGCAGCACCUCCACCACCACCUCCUCCACCGUUUGGGGGAGUCGGUGCGCCAGCUCCGCCAAUAAUGGGCGGUGGCGGUGGUGCCGCUGGAAUACCACCCGCCCCGAUGCCACCGCCGGCAAAUGUAAAUCGCAGCGCACCACCAGCGCCAGCAGCACCGCCACCGCCACCCGUAGCGGCAGCGGCGCCACCACCACCACCUCCACCACCAGCGGGAGGCGCCCCAUCAACCAAAAAAGACGAUCCACAAGCCGAUCUAAUGGGUUCGUUAGCAGCGCAACUACAGCAGGCCAAGCUAAAGAAGAAUAAGCCAACGGCGGCACCCACAGAGAAUAGCGGUAGCAGCACCUCCAGUGGAGGCAGCGGAAACUAUGGCACAAUAGGGCGCAGCUCGACUGGUAUGGCUUCGAUGAUGGAUGAGAUGGCUAAGACGUUGGCACGAAGGCGCGCACAAGCAGAGAAGAAGGAGCCCGAUUCUGAACCGGAAGUUAAACAGCGUCCUUGGGAAAAAUCGAACACUCUACCACACAAACUGGGCUCUUCAUCAUCGAACACGAAUUGCAAUGCCUCUUCCAACAAUACAUCGAACAGCGGCAGUGAGUCGCCACGACCGAUGCGCAAGCGAUUUGGUAGUGCUAGCGAGGAGACGAUACUUAAGCAGGUUAAUGGCGAUGGUCUGUCAUUGGCUUUAUCAAGCACUGAGUUGGACACAUUAAAGGCUGAUAUACUGAAAGAGAUUCGCUCUGAGAUUCAAAAGGUCAAACAAGAAAUCAUCGAAGUCAUAAAAUCCGAGUUCAAUAGAAGAUAAGAGCAGCAACAGUCGUCUGGUACGCGCAGCAUUAGUAGCCGACGAACGGUGAUCAAAAAUAUAGUUGUCGGUGAUAAAAAAAAGUAGCAGUCUUAAUACGUAGAUAGUUGGAAGUCGUAGAAAUCUCCUCUUCUAUUGUCGAUCUAUCCGCUCUGGUUUAUCUACAAACUUCAAUUUGAAACAAUUCAACAAACAUUCUUUUUAUAUACAUUACAUAAAAACAAACAGAAAUUCAAAUGGAAGACCAAAUACUUCCAUACACAUACAAAAUAAAGCUAACAAAAAUUACAACAAAAAAUAGUAAUAAUAAACGAAAAACAUUAGUCCUCAGACUAUGAAGUCUUGAGUAUCAACAGUAUAGGUGGUUGCCGCAAAAUUCAACAGUGCGGUCAGAGCGUAAUAUAACACAACAACAAUAUUAACAUGUUAUGAAAAACAACAAUGAACUGAAUAUGUAUUGAAAUUAUUUAAAUAAUAGACAUUUACUGUAGUAGCGAAUAAUAUUAAUAGAAACAACGGUGAAUUGAUAUUCCAAACACACACACAAAUAUAAAUACUAAAAUUCACGGCGUUUUCAUGUUCAUUUACAUACAUACACGUAGUUUAUAUGCGUGCUAAGCGAUUUUCACAUCCAAAUAAAAGCAUGCAAAUGGCAUAGUAGAAACUAUAUAUAUAUAUAUAUAUAUAUAUAUAUAACAACCGUCAUGCAAUAAGUUUUCAUUAGCAAAAUUUGUGGAUCGUCGUAGUUCAAGUUACCAUUGCGUUGUGCAGGUGGAACAUUUUCAAUUCCGAAAGCAACUCUAAAGAGAGUCGAUUCUUCGUACUAUAAAUUUAUAAAUUUAAAUUUUUCGUAUUAGAUAAAAGAAUAAUUAUAAAAAUAUAAAAUAUUUAAGUGUAAUAUAUCGUUGCUCGCUCUUUGCAUCUAUAAACUAUACUACAUUAAAAAAUAAAAUAAUUUUUAUCUGAUCA